UUCUCGGAGGGGUCAAGUAUAAUUUUCUCCAGUUGGAGAGGUGGGCGUCUCACCUGCCAUAUUUCCGCCGACGCCAGCAUCAAUGGCGACGAGGCCGAUGACAAGGAUUUGAGACCAAUCGAGAAGGGAGAGUGUGGGGAGCGAGGAGGGGGGAGGGAGUUUGAUUCCUUCUGGUGGAUCGCCCUCUCUCUCCGCUUCCGUUGCUUGCUUCGAUUUCUCAGCGGUUCGAUCGCUUGGGCGUGGAGGAAGCGUGGAGGAAUUCCAGAAGGCAGGCAUCGCGGCGUUGGAGGUGGAAUUGGGGGUUUCUUGCCACCCACAUUGAUUUGGCGGCGCAUUGGGUUUCGUUUGGGGAUCUUCAUCAGGUUCUUGAUGGCGGUGGGGAGCAGCUUCGAUCAUUGGCAGAAGGAUGUGUUCUUUUCCGCCGCGGAGGAGGUCCAGGAAUCUGCCGAUGCAUUGGAGUCUCUGUACAGAAUUUGGAUGCGAUAUCUCAAAGAUGGAUUUCCUUCUGGAGCAGAAGAUGAGUUGCGCAGGGAACUUCAUAUUGCUCUUGGCACCGCAAAGUGGCAGCUAGAGGAGUUUGAGAAGGCUGUCAGAUUGAGUCAUGAAAACUAUCCAUCCGAGGCACAAACAAUAACCAGACAUGAACAUUUCAUGGGGGCGAUUGGGAACCAAAUUUCUCAUAUAGAGAAGGCUGUUAGAGAUGAAGGGAAACAACCUCUGCGAUGGAUACAGUUAAAUGCUGAAGAGCAAGAUGAUUUUGCUCUUUUCCUCUCUGAGGUGCCUCUGAAUCUGCAAGAUUCAUCGCAAGGAAAUUCUUGGUCUGAAUGUGCGAAGGGCUCAAAGGACACAGUUGUUGCUAGUAAUGGUUCAAGGCAUGCAAUGGAAGUGGCAAUGAGGGAACCUCACAAAAGUGUGGAGCAGUUAAGGGGACUGGGGAGGACAUCAAGUUCGGUGGAUGAGAGUUCUUGGAAGAUUGAAGUAUCUGAUGACAUAGAAGCAGAUAGUCGUCAAUCAGUCGAACCAAUACCAGAGAUGCGAAUCAAUCCAUCUAUUCUCAGUCGUCUUUGGAAAAGUGUUGAAUCCUCGAGGCUUAGGUUGUUCAGGAAUAGCUCCAAGAAAUUAAAAUCCGAAGAGCAGCUUCAAUUCAGACAUGGGUUCUUAAAUUACAUGGACAUGACGAGGAUUGCUUGUCUAGCUCAGCGAAUUAGCAGGUUAACCGAAAGAAGUAGGGGUUGUUUUAAAGCUACUAGUUCUCAGCAACUUGCAGCGAGGAUAGAAGUCGUCCAAAGACAAAUACCGGGAAGUCAAUACCAAAUGCAGUUCGGUCCAUCACUAAGGCUCGCUUUCUUGCUACUGCUAAGUAUAAUAUUGAUCGUGCCGUUUGUUUUGUACUCUACAUGAAGGCUCCGAAAUUUAUGCUGGAAGAAGGGUACUGCUGCAAAUUGAUACGAACAAGUGAUAGGAGUUUGCAUCUCGACGCACAACAGUCUAUUGUUAUAUUCUUUGUAUUUAAUCCAAUUUGUUAAAACUUCAUCAGCAGUGUAUCAAAGUAAAUGCAUUGUGAAUUUGAAAUUAGGGUUCAAAAUGUUGAUGUUUCAUUGUUGCAAAUCAAAA